GUAAUAAGUGAGUAGCUAUCAGCUGGUACUCGUUGUUUAUCAUAUCAACGUCAAAGUGUAAAAACAAAUAAUUGCAAUUGGACAUUUUGUUUUAUCAUAUCACAGUCAGACAAUAAUAUGAGAUAUAUACAUCAAUACACUUUAGUUUGUAGUUUAUAUUAUAUACAUUUAUAAAUAUUUACUUGUUAUCAUCACUAAUCUUAUAAAUAAUAAUGAAAUGUACAUAUAUGUGUAAAUGUAUAUAUUAUCACGUGUGUGUGUAUAAUGUUUAUGUGUAACUAUACAUACAUUAGAAUAUGUCGCAAUAGUAAAUGAUAAUUGUCGACACUCGAGUGUCUAGAUUACAUGAAAAAUUAUUAUUUUGCUUGUCAUUGAAUGAUGGAUCUUACGUCUAGACCACACAUGAGUAUAUUAAGGACAUUGCAAUUACUUAUACAGAGAGGGGGCUGGGAUAAUACCAGAGUUGAUGAUAAUAAUUAUCGUGCUGAGGCAUCAUCAACAUCUUCAAAUGCUUUGCCUAAAAUAGCUACCACUCCUUUGAGUACAGCGACACUUGAAAAUAAUGAAAUAAAUUUGACAACAAAACGCGCAAGUGGUUAUAUAGAUCCAGAAAACGAACAUCUUACUAAUAAAUCAGUGACAUGUAUGAUAAAAAAACGUGAAAUAGGUCCGGGGUUUAAUGCUGGUCAAAAAUGCCGGAUAUAUAGUAAUUUUUUACCUAACCGUAUGAUACCUGUUGCUGUAUAUAACAGUCGCGCGUUUUGUGGAUCAUAUUCCGUUGAUGGAAAACUUCUCGUUACUGCCAGUCAAGACAAUUCAUUACGUAUCUACAAUACCCAAGAUGGAGAAUUCCACGAAUACAAAAAAAUUCUCGCACAGAAUGUAUCUUGGAGUAUAUUAGAUACUGCAUUUAGUCCAGACGGCAAUUAUAUCGCUUAUUCCAGUUGGUCCGAUGCCUUGUACCUUUGUUCAAUUUACGGCGAUUCCAGUGUCCAAGAAGCUUUGCCUCUGGCCCCAACGGAUUUCGGAAGAUUUUGUGUAUUUUCUUUAGUCUUUUCCAGUGACGGCAGAGAAAUUCUUGGUGCAGCUAAUGAUGGCUGUCUUUAUAUUUAUGACCGUGAAUGUCAUCAGCCAGCAAUCAGAAUUAAAGGACACGCAGACGAUGUAAAUGCAGUAGCGUUUGCUGAUAAUACAUCACAAAUAUUAUACAGCGGCGGUGAUGACGGAUUGUGCAAGGUUUGGGACAGAAGGACCUUGAAUGAAGUAAAUCCACAUCCGGUCGGUGUACUUGCUGGUCAUAUGGACGGAAUAACGUUCGUAGAUCCACGAGGUGAUGGAAGAUAUUUAUUGACAAACAGUAAAGAUCAGUCAAUAAAACUGUGGGAUGUUCGCGCAUUCUCGAGUAAGGACGCCCAAGCAAAUAGUCGGAAAGCUGUUGCUAAUCAGGACUGGGAUUAUCGAUGGCAUACUCACGUACCCAAACAACUGUACACGUCAACGUCGUUAUUGGAGGGCGAUACGAGUAUUAUGACAUAUAGAGGACACAUGGUUGUACAGACGUUGAUUCGUUGUCAUUUUUCACCAGCUGCAACAACUGGACAGAGAUAUAUUUACACUGGUUGUGGUCAUGGUAGAAUUGUCAUUUACGAUCUUUUGACCGGAAGUAUUGUCAAAACACUUGAAGGACAUGAAGGAUGUGUUAGAGAUGUCAGUUGGCAUCCGUAUCAUCAAGAAAUUAUUUCCACUUCUUGGGAUGGAGUAAUAGGUUGUUGGCGUUAUUUUUCACAAUAUUCAGACACAGGAAUCGUUGAUUCAGAAUGGGGUGAUAUUAGCGAUCCAAAUUGGAGAAACCCCGAUUGAUUUUUCGUUUAAAAUUAAAUAUUUUUAUUUUUAUGAUAAUGGAUAAGUUUUAACGACCUGCUUAUAAGUUUUUAUAAUAAUAAUAAUUAUUAUUAUUACUAUUAUUAUCUUUAUAAAAUAAUUACCAAUCUUAUAAUUAUUCAUUAAAAUAAAUAUUUUAUUUUAAAUCACA